AUGGUAACUAAUCAAAAAAGAGAGAUUGACAGUAUAGUUGAAUCAGAUCAUAUUCACCUUCUAAUUUUUGCACAUAAUAAUUUAUAUUAUGCAAAUAUUAAAGGCCAACUUUCAAUAUUUGCUUUUAAAAAAAUAAAUGAGCAAUAUCAGAAGGCAGUUCAUGUAACUACUCAAGAACCAUUAUCACCACUACGUACUGGAACUUUUUCAAAAAUAAUGGGUCUACCCUGUGCUCAUAAAAUCGAAUAUUUAGAUAACAAUCAAGGUCUAAUUCUCAACGAUAUUCAUAACCAUUGGUGUGAUUCAAAGAAGUUAAAUAGUAUCACAGCUGACGAAAAUAACUUUCUUCAUGAAGAUGCUUUACAACCACUUUUGCAAAAUCUGCAAAGAGAGAUAUCAAGAAUGGCCAAAUUUCAACAAGUCAAGUAG